UAUGACAAUGACAUUCUAUUAUUUUACUGAAAUUCCUUCAAGAAUGUAUCCGAAUUUCUUAUGUAAAUGAUUGAUUGACAUUUAAAAACGUGUAUACGUCAAAGGUAAACGUCACUUUUAUUUCGUGUGUUGCUCGAAGUUGCGAAAAUAUUGAGAAUAUUUUUUUCUAAACUACAGUUGAUAAUUCUAGAAUAAUGUCGAAAGUAACUUUCAAGAUUACUCUAACUUCUGACCCAAAACUGCCGUUUAAAGUAUGCUGAAUGGUCCAGGGUACUGCGUUGAAGUUACAGGGGUUUAAAAUGGACACUGCUGUAGUAGAACAGUUCCUCAACUUCUUCCAAGACUACAUUGGCCUGUGUCAAUGUGAGAACUGGCCUGACAAUGACACAACAGAGACUGAAAUAAGGAAUGCCUUUCUCAUAGCACAACAUGUUGAGAAAAGUCUAGAUAGACUGCAAAAGAAGACAGUGAUCAGUGAAUUCUUAUCUGUGUUAAAUACUCACAAUGAGGCGUCAAGCAAUCUCAUAAAAAACUGUUUAAAUGACCCACCGAAGUACAUUUUAAAUAAGAUAAUUAAUUCUAACACAAGGAUAACUCAAAUGGACACUGGCUUUAGAAUAUUUCUCGAGUUGUUUUCUGAGGAAAAGUUAGAAAAUUAUUUAACUGAGUUGAUGCUUGAGGCAGCCUCUAAAGAAACUUUAUUGAGAAAUGUCACAAAUAAACUACCUCGGGAUAAAAUACUAGAAUUUAAAAGCAAAGUACUGUUGUCACAACUUAAAUCAAGUGAGACUGAUGUUGUAAAGUUAUUGAUGAACUGCUCCCAAGACUUGGUAGACGUGUUAGUAGUGAGUUUGUUGAAUAAUGAGUUGCAGUAUGGUCAGGCAGUACAAUUGAUAGCCAAUGGUAUCCACGAGAUUGUGCUACUUAAGGACAGUGCUUCUAAAACAUUUUGGAAAUUCCUCUUUAAAGUUGAAGACAGAUAUUUUACUGAGAUGUGUAUUGAAAAUUCUGACAUAUUUAUUUACAUAGUAGAAGCUUUGACAGACUGCAGUAAAUUGUUGAGAGAAGGCAUGUCCGCUGACUCAUUUUACAUAGAAUUAAGUCAUUCCGAGUUAGUUGGUGUUGUACAAAAAAUAUGUAGUAAAGAAUGUUUAAAAUCACUAUUUCUUGAUACCAUAAAGAAUUAUGAUAAUGAUUUGAAUUACUGGGAGGCAAUGUUGUGAAUUGAAUAUAAUUAUUACUUUUUUAAUAUUUGUUUUUUUUUUAUUGUUUGCUUUUGCAUGUUAGAAUUAAUCUAGCAAUUUGUAGAUUACUGGUCAUAGUUGAAAUCUACUUAUAAGAAGAAGAUUUUACUAAAAGCAGUUACCCUUUCUAAAAUCCUUUCGUCUUAUUGGAAUCCUCCGGACUUUAUUGUGUCCAUAAGAGACAGAGAGACCAACACAUCAGCAUAGUAAUUUUAUAAAAUAGAUUUUAGAAUUAGAUUUAUAGAAUUUAUUCCAAAACCAAAAAUAUUACAUUUCAAAUGGUAGGUUGCCUGCAGAGAGCAGAACAUGUCUAAAAUUUUUUCAUUAUCUUACUGACGGGCUAAUAGAUUUUUAAUUUUCAUACCCUGGCCUGGCAACUACCUUAUUAAGUAGAAAAUCAAUUAUAUUUAACGACUUAUCUAUACUUACCUGUUUGACAAGGUGGCAUUACUAUCUAUGUAUAC